AUGGAUUUAUAUGUUAAUUCUGCAUUAACUAUAGUCGAACCAUUAAGUUUUCAUAAAGUACAUGGUGAUCAAAUAAGAUUAAGUGAGAAUAAUACUCGUGCAACUCGUGAUCGACUAAACAAUACUUUAUUAUUUACAAAUCGACCUAUAUUAGCAAAUGAAAUAGUUCAACUUUAUAUUGAAGAAUUAUCAAAUGAUUUUUAUGGACUUAUUCGUAUUGGUUUAACAACAAUUAAUCCUGAUUCAUUUACAUCAGAAACAUUACCAAAAACAAUGCCAACAAACGAUACUCGUGAGUGGUUUGUACCAUCACCACGUGGUCAACCAAAUAUUAAGAAAAAUAAAACUAUUCGCCUAAAAUAUACAGCUGAAGGUGAUAUAUUUAUUGAUUAUGAUGGUACAAGUUUUAUUAAAUAUUUAACUGUAUCACCUAUAACAAAAGAUAUUUGGUGUGCACUUGAUUUAAAUGGUAUUGUUGCACAAAUACGUCUUAUUCAAACUGAAGCACGUGUUCUAGCAAAUCCUGUUGAUCGAGCACGAGCACGUUAUCUUCUAUAUACAAAUAAUCGUCAACAAGAAAAUUCAUCGAUUUAUUAUAGUGGAGAAUUAUCAUCUGGUUUUGUUACAAUGAAAAAUUGUGAUGAAAAUUGCGAAAUAUCAGAUAAUAUAGCUGUAAAAAAAAAUGCAACGUCAUCAAUUAUUAUUGAUGAAAAUCUUAAACGAUGUAUGUAUAUUGUUAUGCAAAUACUUGACAUGGAUCAUACAUUAUCAACAUAUUUAACAAUACGUUGUCUAAUUGAUGGAAGACCAUCGAAUGAACAUAUAACAUUAAUUGAUACAUCAUUUGAUCAUUUAACAUUAGGCGAUGAAAUUGGUUUACGUGUAUUACCUGAUGGACAUAUUACAUUUUCAUGUGAUAAUCGUCACGUUAAACCAUUAUUUAAUAUAGAUCUUACUGUUAAUGAUAAUCCUGCUGUACAGCAAACAUCAUAUCGUUUAGAAUUUAUUAUGAAUGGACGUGUAACCGGUCUUCGAUUAGUUGGACUUUAUCGACCAACUGAUAUAGAAGCACGAACUCUUCCACCAACUAUUGGUGGUGGAUGUCAAGCUACUAUAUUACAUAGAGUAUGUCCAAAUGGUCUAUCAGGUCUUUUAUUACCAUGUAGACAUUUAUGUGUUUGCUUUGAAUGUGGUCAAGCUCUUGUCGAUAGACAUUCAUGUCCAAAUGUCAAAUGUCGUAAACCGGUCAAAGGUUGUAUCAAAGUAUAUAAAGAUUAA